AUGGAGUGGAGAAGCAUCGCAUACGCUUUCUAUGCGCAGACAAACUGCAUAAACGACUUGGAGUUUUUGCAAAUUGUGUGCGACGAGUUUUCCUGGCAUUUGUAUGCGGAGGAGAGUAAAAAAGGCACAAACUACAUGAUAAGCGGAAAGACGUUUGUGAUAGACAUCUUCUACGAAAGAGAGGAAGAAGACGCGCAAACCGAGGAUGCUGAAGACACACACAGUGUGGGGAGCAGCGUGAUCCAGAUCGGCAAGGAGCGGAUGGAGAGCGUGUACAGGAACAUAAAAAGCGUAAGUCUGUCUUUAAUCGAAGAGGAGUGGUCUGGGUACUUUAAGCUGUGCACAUUCUCUAUCAUGCACCAUCUGAAAAACAAGGACUACUACAACGCAUACAAAGUGCUUAGCAGCCUUGUAAAGUACGACACCGAGGACGAGGCAGCGGGCUUUGGCUCAAUUGUGCAGAGGCUGAAGAGCAUAGCCGAAGCAGAUGCUGUAAAGGUAGGAUACUCUUUUGUGCGGGACAUGCCAGUUGCGUACUAUAGCAUAGAAAGCACGGGCGUGCUGUGCAAGGAGGUAGGCCUUUUUUCAUAUGUGCAGCCGGACCACACGCGCAGGCUAUACAACAUAAGCCGGGAGGAGGAGAUUCCGAAAAGCACCCUUUGCAUAGACGUGAUAAUAGAAAUGCUGAUAUAUAACAUAGAAGUGUGCAUAGAAAGCAGCAUAUCCAUGGAAGGAAAGAUAGACGGCGUGCUGUGCAGAAUAGAGGUUCGCGAAGACGGAUUUAUUCUAGUAAACGGGAACAUAGACACGUACAGAACGCUUCUUCUAAAGAGGACAGACUCGAUGUACCAUGUGAUCCGGGAGACCGGAAUAGAAAUAGAGCAGCAGGCCAGAGGCAUGCACGCAUAG